UUUUUCCCAUUGUUUUAAUCGCUUGGGUUGUAAUCGCACCUCCAACUUCGCACACUCUCCGCGUUGGGCGUUUCCGAGUCCAAGUUGGAACAAAAUGUGAAGAGCGAACACACGAGGAUGGUGAAGGCGGCAAUCUACUACCUCUCGGAGCACCCAGCUAUCGUGGAGUACCGGUGGAGCCACGCCCAAUCAUGGGGCGCCACGUGGUCGUUCCUAUUCAGCUCCAUCGCCUCCUACCUCCUCCUCUCCCUCUUCCUCCACCUCUCCCUCUCCCUCUUCCGGCGGCGGCGCCCCAUCCCGCUGGGCCCCCUCCCCGCCGCCCACAGCCUCUCCAUGUCCCUCAUCUCCGCCACCAUCUUCGGGGGCAUCCUGGUCUCCGCCGCCGCCGAGAUCCGCGACACGCGGUGGUUCUGGCGGCGGUCGAAAACCCCCUUGGAGUGGCUCCUCUGCUUCCCCCUGGGGACCCGCCCCUCCGGCCGCGUGUUCUUCUGGUCGUACGUGUACUACCUCUCCCGCUUCCUCCACAUGUUCCGCACCAUCAUCACCAUCCUACGACGUCGUAGGUUGUCCUUUUUCCAACUCUUCAACCACUCAAUCUCCGCCUUCAUGUCCUUCCUCUGGCUGGAAUUCUCCCAGUCCUUUCAGGUCCUGGCCAUCCUCUUCGCCACGCUCCUAUACGCCGUCGUUUACGCCUACCGCUUCUGGACCGCCAUAGGCCUCCGCGCCGCCUGCUUCCCCUUCGUCCUCAAUUGCCAGAUCGCCUUGCUCGGCUGCAAUGUCGCCUGCCACGUCGCCGUUUUCCUCCUUCAUUUCUUCUUCAAAGGAUCCUGCAACGGCAUUGGCGCUUGGCUCUUCAACUCUGUUCUCAACUUCGCCGUUCUCAUGCUCUUCCUUAACUUCUACGUCCGCAUGCUCGUUGGCAAACGCAGAAACCUUCCCCAUGCCCAUCAUGUCACCGUCGCUUCACACCUCGUUACUCCCGCUUUGUCUUAAUCGCACCGCCUGACUUCCAUUGUAAAAUAAAACUACGCUCCCAAUUUCUUCCCUUUUCAAUGUUCAUCACUAUUUCUAUACAACAGGGGAAUAAGAUAUUACCAUAGUGCUAGGAAGGUAGAACUUUUGCUCUGUCAUUAUGAUCUUAUCAUAUAUAGCAGUAAUCAUUGUGUAUCAAAAUUCAAAACCCUAACUUUAUCCUUCUUUAUUACUGUCCUUGCUAAAUUGAGAAUGGACUCCGAUCAUAUUCGAUUA